CCGCUACCGGGCGGAGGAGGAUGUCACUCAGCCGAGCUCACAAAGCCUCCACUUCACCCUCCUGUGCUGUCUGUUAGGGGGAAUAAAACGUCUCCAACGGGAAGCUAACGGCUCGUCCAUCUUCCUGGAAAGGAUAUAUAUAACGUUAUGUUAUAAAAGUAUAUAUUACCCGAGAGGAUCCCGCGACACGACGGUCGAAACGCUGUAAAAGUUUUACCUUCCACCAGCGUGAAUUGAUUAACUUUUUAAGUUGGAGAAAAGGGACCAACUGUCCUUUAAGUUCGGAGACCUCGGGCCGGGUGCUGUCCUGUGGGAUGGAUGACACCCAGGAGCAGGACCAGUACGAGGAGCGCCUAAAAGAAGUCUUUAACAGUUUUGAUGCCAGCGGCUGCGGCUUUCUGUGCCCGGAGGAGCUCUCUGACCUCUGCCUGUCGCUGCAGCUGGAUGAUGCGACACCUGCUCUUCUUCACACGUUGCUGCAGAGCCAGGAGCGCCUCGCGGCCAGGGUUGACUUUGACCAGUUCAAGAAUGCACUGAUUUUGGUGUUGUCAUCAACUCUUGAGCCCCAACAAGAAGAACAGGAGACCGUGUCAAAACCAGAAUCUCCCGAGAUCAAACCGAAGUUCGUGAAGGGCAGCAAACGUUAUGGUCGCCGCUCCACGCCAGAAUUCACAGAGCCCAUCUCUGACUUCUCGGAGGUCACGAAUGCAAACACGGCGGCGGAGGAAGAUCUGGAGGACAAGUAUGACUCUGCGGUUCCCCGGAAGCGCGAGCGCUGGAAUGCUCACGAAACAAGCACAGAGGAGUACGAGGCUGAAGGCCAGAUGCAUCUCUGGAACCCUGAUGAGCCGAGCACACCCCGGGGGGCCGUCCAUCCUCUGUCCACCUGUUUAGAGGAGAGACUGCGUAGCGCCUGUGACGAGCUGGAGAUACCGUGGGACGGAUGUGCCGCUUACUCCAAACUCCAUGCGCUCUGUGAACACCUGAGGCUGGAGCUACAUUUGGAUUUGCUGCAGAAUCUAACCGGCGAUGGAGAGAUGGACGUUCAAGAGUUUGUCUCCAGAGUUUUAAACCCCAACAAACCCCCCACGCCGUCCGCCUCCACGCCCUACAGACAGCUUAAACGACACCACUCCACUCAGCCCUUUGAUGAGGGAGGUCGGAGGAUAGCCACAUCUUCUGCUCUGACCAGCACCAUCGGCAUGCGUCUCUUCUCCACCCUUGAUGACGGUACCGGUUUCACUCCAGUGGAAUACAUUUUGGAUGCUUGGAUGGAUGAGGGAAUAGAAAACAGCACUGAAAUCCUUCAGGCCUUGAAUUUCAGCCUAGAUGGCAAACUGAGUCUUGGUGAUCUCACCAUCGCACUUGAGAAUGAGCUCCUCCUGACUAAGAAUGGGAUUCACCAGGCGGCACUAGCAAGCUUCAAAGCUGAGAUCAGACAUCUUCUAGAGAGCGUAGACAGAGAACUUGGUGAGAAAGAGAAGAUACGAUCAGACUUGGAAAAAGCAGAGAAACUAAAAACUCAGCUCGCCACUGAAGUGGAUGAACGUCACGCUGCGAUUGAACAUAUAAACAACCUCAAUCUCAGGAAGCUUGAACAGGAGCACAAAGAGAAGCUAGCAGCCGUACGGUCUGAGCUGAUGAAGGAGAUGGAUCAGAUGCAGAUGCAGGCCGGCCUGCAGCGCGAGGAGCUGGAAGCAGAGGUGGACAAGAUCAGGGAGGAGGAAUCCUUUCUCAGAGACCACCUCUCCAUCUCUGUGAAGGAAAACAGACGCCUUGAAAUGGAAUUAUUGGACAGUACUGAAAAGCUAGUGGAGGCACAAAGCCAGAAUACAAAACUCCAGACCUUUUUGGAAAACGUUAUGAAAGAAAAGUUGGGAGACUUGGAUCCCGGCAGUGCAGACAUCUUACUCCAUGAGGAGCGUAUUAAAGAACUGCGCAGCAGCUACGAAGCUCAGUACAGGGAGCUGCAGGAUCGUAUUGACGAGCUGCAGUCAGAGCUGCAGGAGUUCCACAGUCUUGGACGAGUUAAUUUGCCAUGCCACAAGCCUCUCUCUGAAGAGCUAGAGAGCAAAAGCCCUGGCAUGGAGUCUGAUCCAGGUCUUGGUUCAGAGGAUGUUCAGCCCUUCAGCAUGAGCCUUGAGGCAGAGAUGAUGUUGGAGCAGCUGAAGGAGCGACACCUACAGGAAAUGGGGGAUUUGCAAAACCAGCUGGAAAGCAAGAUCAAUGCAUUUGAUGAGUUGGUAGGAAAGCAGGGGAGGACCAACGAGGACCAGAAAGCUGCCAUAACCCUCCAGUACCAGCAGGAGGUCCAGGCUCUGAGGGAGGAGAUGGCCAGCGUUCAGAGCCACAGACAGGAACUCCAGAACCAGCUGCAGCAGGCAGAGCUGGAUCGGACCUUUCUGCAGCAGAAGCAGGCCGAGGAGAGGGAAGAGCUCGAUCUGCAGGAGGAGGAAGUGGGGAGUCUCAGACGACGACUGCUUGAGUCCCACACCUACUCUGCAGACCUGGAAGAGCAGCUGAAGGCCCUCAACGCCAAGCAGACGGAGGCGGAUGAAAAUCUUGUGAAAGGAAUGGACGAGCUGAGGAAUCGACACGCCGUUGAGAUCAAGAAACUGCUGGAAGACCAGGAUGAGCUUUUUGAAGCAAGACUGGAAGAGGAGGGAAAGAGAGUGCAGGAAGAACAGGCCGAGUUGGUUAAGAGAUUGUUAGAUAAUUGCGACAGGGAAAAGGAGCAAUUGCUGCAAAGACAUGAGGACGAGCUGAACGCCAGACUAGAGGAGGCCAAGGGGAGGUUUGAGGAAGAGCGCGAGGAGAUUGUUCAGAGGCUGACUGAGCAGUGGCAGACAGAGAGGGCUCAGCUGGACGAGCAGAAUAAUGAGUCUCUGCAGGUAGUGCUGGAAGAAGGGAUGAUGAGACUUGUCAGAGAACAAGAGGAGAAGGAGGGUAACCUCAGGGAGCAGUGGGAGAGUGAACGGGCCCAGCUUGAGGAGCGUCAGGAAGAGGCUGUGCUCGAUAGAAUACUUCAAGAAAGGUUGCAGGUGGAAGAGAAGUUUGAGCAGCGGGAGAAAAGGCUGAGGGAGGAGUGGGAGAGGCAGAGACUGCAACUGGAGGAGGAUUACGAAGGGAUGCUGCAGGAGAGGCUGAAGGAAGAGAGGGAGAAGCUUGAAAUCGAGCAGCAGGAGGAGCAGGAGAGAGUCGAACGCUUAAUGGCAGAGGAGAGGGCUCGUCUAGAGGAGAGCCACUGUGAGGCCAUGAGGGAGCUGUCGGUUAAGCACACAGGAGAGAGAGACGCUCUCAGCUGCAUCCUGGAUAAACUACGAGAUGACAUCGCUCAGGAGAGUUCUGAGGCCAGUCGUCUAGCUGACGAGAACUACGUCCUCAGACAGAAGAUUGCUGCCUUGAAGGAAGAAGACUUGAAAGAGGUCCAGGAAGAGCUGAUACGGACACUGCAGCACUUGAAAAAUGGGAAGAUUGAGGAUCAAAAGGCGGCAGAGGAUUUUGAGAAACAGAUUUCAAAGCUGCAUCUGCAAAGCCACCGGCUUGAGGACGAGAAAGUGAUGCUGUUGGAGAAAAAUGCCCAAAACAUUUCUGACAUUGAGAAUCUCCGACAGCAGCUGGCAGAGCUGAUAAAGGAGAACGAGAGCAGGGAGGCGCUCUCCGCUGAGGAGAAAAACAAGCUGGCAGCGUGUGUGUUUGCUCUGGAGGCAGAGCUGACCAAAGCUCUGCAGGACUCUGCACAGCUGGAGCAGAGGAGCGUCCAGCUGUUACAGCAGCUCUCUGGCCUCAGAGGGAAGGCGGUCAAAAUGGACUCGAUGGAGAGUCAGCUCAGCCACCUGGUGGAGGCGCGGAUAAGUGUGGAUAAGGAGGUUCUGAGCCUCUGCAGCCAGCUAGACGCAGCUCAAGAGAGGGUCAGGACACUGGAUCAAUCUCUUCAGGCUGUGAACCAUCAAAGCGCUCGCCUCAAGUCAGACCUCUGUGUUUCGCAGCAUGAGAGGGAAUUCCUUCAACACGAAGUGGACGUUCUACACAAGAAGCUGCAAAAUGUUAAUGACAAAAACCACGUUUUGGAGAUGGCCUUGCACUCGAGCGGCCUCCAGAGUAAGAGCAAGAAGAUGUACAGAGAGGAGAUGUCCCGGCUGGUGGACCAGGAGCAGCAACUGCUGAGGCAGGAAAACGAGAGGCUUCAUGCUGAAGUCCUCAACGCCAAAGAAGACCUGGUUCAGUCCAGAGAAAAGGUCCGUCAGCUUGAUGCGUCCCUCGUGUCCCUGAAGCAGCACAAACACAUUCAGUCCUCCCUGGUGAAGGCAUUGGAGCAGGAGAACGCCUUCCUGAAGCACGAGCUGCACGCACAAAAGGAGCUCUCCCAGGACGGUGGAGCAGGACUAGGACUCUCAGGGCUGGAGGUCCUGCAGCAGGAAAACGAGUCGCUCAAAGUCCGAACAUUUCAGCUGUCCACAGAGCUGAUAGCGACGUAUCACGCUCAUUUGGGGGGAAUUAUGCCUCCUUCCCCUCACAGGAUGCCUCGGGGGCAGCAUCAAGGCGACGAUCCGGACAACAUGCAGGGGCCGAUGCCGGAGCAGCGGGCGGCUCACGCAGACAGCUACCGGCGGAUCGGUGGAUUGUAACACCGGCGUCUUUCCCCGCUCUUCAUUUUAACAUCUUCGCUCUCCUCAAAGACUGCUCCUCUUUUCCUAAUCCUGCUCCCCUUCCUCUGCUGUGUUUGGAUCCGAACUCUGACCGUGGCGCCCGAUGCCAACCUCUCUCCCCCCUCUUAUAGGAGAUGUGAGAACAAAUGUGGUGCCUCAUUGUAAAGGCAUGAAUGUGUAAUUGUAUUUCCCCGCUGCCAGGGGGCAGGAAGGCACACAAAAGGCUCCUGAGAGUUUCUCCCAAUGGGAUGUUGAAUGAAAUGACAUUAGAAUUUUAAGGUUUGUCAGACAUGCCAUAUCUAAUGUAACAACUGCAAACACAGCGGUUUGUUGACCGUAUUUGACUUUUUUUAUACGGGUCCAAAUUUUUUGUGCAUUAAAAAGUGUUUUGCAGUUUUAAUACAAGGAGUCUUUUCAGCGCACGGUGGGUUUUCUUGGAAUGUUCUGUUGUGCACUUUUUUUACUGUUGUUUGAGACGGGGAGUACAUGUCCUUAGAGGCUGAAUAUUGCCUUAUGACCAUCGAGGACUGUUAAGAUGAGGUCAGAUUGGUGCCUGACGUUUUUCUGGGCCUUUUUUCAACAAUCAGUUGUGUAAUUUGCCAGGCGGCGUUGCUCUCUGAGUCCAGUGUGAGGUUUCCUGAUGAAGAAUCUGCGCUUUCUCUGUCUUUUGUUGAUGUCUGUAUUUCUUAUUCAAAACAUUGUUGAAUGUUUUUUCAAGCUACGUGUGUGUGUCUGUGUCUGCACAACCAAAGUGAAUAACAUCAUGUUUUGUUUUUUUUCCUAAGAAAUGACUGCUCAAACACAUCACAUAACUUUUAGGGGUUUCCUUGUGUUUACUAUUAUAAACCAAUCAUUGAUUGUCCUCAAUAGUGAUCAUUUUAUGUGUUUUAAGUCUUUUAGUGAGUCUUCCUGUGUUGCACCAUGUAUGGACUCAAAUGUUUUAUUUAUUUGGAUAGAAACAGUGUUAUUUUAUUUAUGCAUUAAAUUAUUUUUGUAGCGGUAUCUGGAAUACACAGCUUAAUUGUAUUUAUUAUUUUUUUUUUUUUUAGUGUAUUGUCGUUUCCCAACAAAAUGUACGCAAUAUCUUUUAAUGCUGAAUUAAGAUAAAAUAAAGCGUCUGG